AGUCCCUGGCUCCCAGUGCUGCCUUUAGAGCCACCGCCCACCCUGUGACUCGCUCAACCGGGUCCUCCCAGCAACCCCUGCCGCGGAAAGACCGGGCUGGAGCUCCGAGGGGCGUGGUCAAUCCAUAGUCACAACCUAUCACACAGGGUCCUCUAGUGAAGCGUACAGUUGACAACCUAAGUGACCCGGAGCUUCUGGGGACCCAGCCUAGAACGCGACGCUGGGCGAGUCUCGAGGUCUCGGCGCGCGGGACGGAGCGGACCCGGGAAGCGUCUGCAGGAGGCCAGGGCGAGACCGGGUCCCCAGCGGAGCCCUCGGAAAGCUCGGAAAUGGAGCCGCCGCAGGUCCCCGCGGCGGAGGCGCCACAACCCAGGGCCUCCGAAGGCAGCCCGAGGCCGGAGCGGACCGGACGGGAGGCGGCGGACGCGCAGCUCCAGCAGCUCCCGGAGAAGUCUCAGCCUCCCGCCCUGUCCGGUUCUCCGCGCGUGCCGCCGCUCAGCCUGGGCUACGGCGCCUUCCGCCGCCUGGGCUCCUGCAGCCGCGAGCUGCCAUCGCCGAGCCCCUCGUGGGCCGAGCAGUCCCGGGAUGGCGAGGCGGAGCUGGAGCCUUGGACGGCGUCCGGAGAGCCUGCGCCCGGGUCCUGGGCGCCCGUGGAGCUGCAAGUGGACGUGCGCGUGAAGCCCGUGGGCGCGGCUGGGGCUAGUCGCGCGCCCUCGCCUGCGCCGUCCACGCGCUUCCUCACGGUGCCAGUGCCGGAGUCGCCCGCCUUCGCCCGCCGCUCCGCUCCCACGUUCCAGUGGCUGCCCCGCGCCCCGUCACCAGGCUCUACGUGGAACCGUGGAUCGCCGCUUGCCGCGACCGCGACCGAGCCUGUCGGCCCCGCUGAGGGCUGCACGGUUCCCCCGGGCUCGCCCGCCUGCCGCUGCCGCUGCCGCGAGCCCGGGCUGACCAAAGAAGACGAAGCGCUGCUGCAGCGCUCAGGCAUAGAUGGCAAGAAACUGCCGCGGGCUAUCACGCUCAUAGGGCUGCCCCAGUACAUGAAAUCUCUGCGUUGGGCUCUGGUGGUCAUGGCUGUGUUGCUGGCUGUCUGCACUGUAGCCAUUGUGGCACUGGCGUCUAGAGGCGGUGCCAAGUGCCAACCAUGCCCUCAAGGCUGGAUGUGGUCUCAGGAACACUGUUACUACCUCUCUGAAGAAGCCCAAGACUGGGAGGGCAGCCAGGCAUUCUGCUCAGCCCACCAUGCCACACUGCCUCUGCUGAGCCACACCCAGGACUUCUUAAGAAAAUACCAGAUCACCAAAGGCUCUUGGGUGGGGGCCCGACGAGGCCCUGAAGGCUGGCACUGGACUGAUGGGGUCCCCUUGCCCCCCCAACUGUUCCCGGAAGACAAUAAGGACCAUCCAGACUUCAGCUGUGGGGGUUUGGAAGAAGGCAGGCUCGUGGCUCUUGACUGCAGCUCCCCCAGACCCUGGGUCUGUGCCAGAGGAACCAAAUGACUUAAUCUCCUGUGUUAGACCUGUCUGGAGCUGCCCCCAUUGCUUCUGCUCUGGUGUGACCAAAAUAUCUGACAAAACCAAUUUCAAAGUGGCAAGAACGACCAGGCUAAUGAUUUCAGAGGGCUGAACCUGGAAGAGCUGCCCAGUCCACAGCAGCAGAGGAAGCUGCUGGAGCCAGGGGUGGGAACAAGCUUCAAAGGCCUGUCACUGUUGACAGAUCUCCACAGACCAGGCUCUAACUCCUAAAGCUCCUGUCACCCCUAAAUCAGCACUUCCUGCUGGGAACAAACCUAUGGCAGACACUCCAGAUUCAAUCCAGGACACUCCUAUAACAAGUCCCCUGAAGAUUCAUGACUGUCUUAUUUUGAAACAGGCUCUCUCUGUCCCUCUGGCUGGCCUGGAAUUUACUGUGUGGUUCAGGGUGGCCUUAAGUCCCUAGGCAAGCCUCCCUAGUACAGGAAUUACAGAUGUGUGGCACCACACCCAGCCCAUGGCUAACUCAUAACGCAUAAUCUUAAUAGUUCCAAUGUUCAACAGUCCAAAGACUCUUCAGGCUGGUGGUCCCCACAGCUGUGGGUAGAGGAGCUGCACCAAACCUCCUCAUCUUCCAUUUUCUUCCUCCGUCAGCCUCAUGCUUCAUAGAAAUUUCAGCUUGUCAAGCUGGGGCACUUUUGUUCUUCUGACCAGGCAGCCCCACCUUCUCUGCCUUGCCUUAAGAGAUGUGCUAGUUGGGAGCCCUGCCCACUCUGUGUGCUGGUCUCCAGCAGGAGAGUCCCCAGAGGAAGAAGGCAUUAAACCUAUUCUGAGAUGGGCUGGCUGGGAUCCCAUGUAAAGGAGUGGAGCACCCAGGGGAGGUGUUGGGUUGUAAUGUGCGUGGGUUGAUGUGUGGGUCCUGCCUCUGUCUCGCCACGUGGCUAGGGCCUCUCGUGGAGACAGAGGCACUGGUAUUUGACUGUGUUCACUCCACACUGGUGCAGGGAGGACAUCAGGCUACGUGAUGCCUUGGGACUCCACUCAGGGUGGGGGAGCACAGUCUGAGGUCCUGCAGGGAGCCAGAGCUCUUGGCUUGGGGGGGUCCCUGGG